AUGUCCUUCUCCCAGAUGAUUGCAUCGCCAUCCAUCUCUGGGUUCAUUCCUGGCACCCCAGCAACAUCCUCACCGCGCGCAACCCCACGAAAGAAGAGGAAGCAAGUCAAGCUUGUAAACCCUGCCAGACACUUUGACCUUUCGGCACACGACGCAUCAGCAUCUACCUCCCAGCUCGACUCGUUUGACAGCUUUCUCCCAAACAUCCCCUCUCCCGAGGGCGAGCGCCGCUCAUCCAACUCGCUCAGUCUCGACUUGUCACCGCCGCCCCCCACCUCGCCGCCUAUCACCGUGAUGGGCAGCGGCCCCAACAAUGUUGACGCAGACCGGAGCACCACAACGCCACCCGCUUCUCCCCCACCAUUGCAAAGCACCCCCGCACCCGUUGUUGCACUUCUCGAAGAGUCCCUCGCUUCAGAGACACAAACACCACCACGUAGCGUGACCCCUCGAUGGCCACUGUCGUUGGGCAGGGGCCCGACGGGCACCACCACUGCAUCGUCUGCGACAGCCGCGGCCAAUGCAUCCAAGGAGCACAUUAGCGACGACAGCAUGGCCGACAUGGAGGAGGUCGAACUAGACGACAGCCUCGCCACUGUUCAGAAGGAAACGCCGGGCAAGUAUGGCAUGCUCCUGUCAUCAUCACGACCCGGUGGACUCCUUGGGCGCCCACUGCUGCGCGCAGAGUUGAAUGGUUCCGAGGGGCCCGUUGCGCCGUCGACUCCGAUCCAGAGCAGACUCCUCCACUCGUUCAGCACACCUGCCGGUACCCACCUUGUUCCCCAAACACCACGCAGCAUUCUCCGCCCAGGAAACACUCCUGCAACAGGCAACUCUGUGCGGUUCAACCAAUCCGUCUUUUUCAAGGUCAUCGAGAGGCUCCCAGACUUUGUGGACGAGCCAUCGCACCAUUCAUUUGAACAAUUGGGCGACGAAGGAAUCACAGAUCUCGGCGAUGAGCCAUUGAUUAAGGAAGAGGUGCCCAUGAUCGAGCCAGCAAGCAGUGACGAGGACGAAGACUCGCUCGAGUUUGAGCCCACCCACAAGCCACACAACUCUUCAUUUGAAGAGGCCGACAUCAACAGUUUCGACGAUGAGGUGACGCAGAAUACGCUCACUAACUCGCAAACAUUCCACGACCUCGGCUUCAACCAGUUCGAGCCCGGGACGGAGAUCAUCGUCACUCCAGAGGACCACACGGGCGAGGGCGAUUGGACGUGGAGUCCCGAGACUGACCUCGUCGAUGUGCAGCCUAUCCGACACUUUUCGCCGCUAGCAGUGCCAAAUGAGGAGUGGAACGAGGCGUCACCCAACAACAGCUCCGAAUGGGUCGUGCCGGCAGACUUGAGUUUUGGCAACGACUCCCUGCCAAAGCUGGCCGGUGCGAGCUUUUCGAUUUCAGCAAUGGUCGAUCCCGACGCGACUGCUGCGACGCGUAUCGCCCCCCGUCGUCCCGGAUCCGCACCGAUGUGGGCUGACCGGUCACUGGAAUCGAUCACGUCAGGCGCAACCACCACUGGCACCCAGGACGAGGAGAAGACACCGGUCGCGGCGCUCCGCACUCGCUUGGCAGCUAGCAAAUAUGUCGCUACGGGCUCACUGUCGCUGCCCUCUACCAGUCCCAAGACGUCUCCCCGCAUGAGUAGUUCACGCAUCCUUGCGUCGGUGGUAGACAUGGAUGAGCUACCGGUUCCGUCUAGCCUGCCGUCCAGCCCACUUACCCGCCGCAUUUCACCUCCCCACCUCGCUGCGGUUACAGAGGAGGAAGAAGAGACAACCUCCGUUAGGGCCAAGAGUCCAGUUCCAGCAUUGGACGAACCUGUGUUUGGAACAGGCGGGUCGCGGCCCGGCUCAUUGAGUCUGUUCCGCCGACCAAGCAUGGACGAACAUAGCGACGCCGAAUCCGAGCCUGCUAGCGAUGUUUCUGACAAGGAAAACAAUCCCCCUGCUCUGAUACGGUCAAGGUCCCCAACCCCCGAUCCGACUUCAAACACCACUGCCGCCGUGCUCGCCCCCCAUGCCCAAGCAGUGUUUGAUGCCCAGGCACUGUACGCCAAGUCGCUCCAGGACGAGGUCACAUCAUACCGAGAGCUGCUGCAAAAGCUGAAAGGAGACGUGGUGCAACGCGACACGAUCAUCGCCAAGCUCAUGCCAGUACAGGAUGAGAUGCGGGAACUGCGUGCUGCCCUGUUGGAAAGCCGCAACACCAACAAGGAGCUCAAGAUUGAACAGUCGGAACUCAGGGAACAGCUCAGCGACAUGGAGGGCGUCAAUGCCGAGCUGCGCGACGGCAUACAGGUCGCUGCGGAUGAAAAGCACGAGCUCAACCAAAAGCUCGAGGAGACCCAGUACGACCUGCAGGUCGCCCGCGACGACAUGAACGCUUCGGGUAUCCAGUCCUCGGUGUCGGCACGGGAGGGUCCCAUGGAGCUGCGCGCCAAGCUUGAAGAGGCCGAGUACCAGUUGCAAGCGGCUAUCGACGAAAAGGACAUCGCCGUCCACGAGCUGUCACAUGUCCGCAAGCAGAUCGAUGAGCUGCAGGGAAAGUUGCAGGCCGAGAGCAACAUGGUGCUUGAUCUCGAGGACCACAAUGAGAUGCUGAGCAGCAAGGUUACCACUCUGAACGCUUCGAUCGAGGAGAAGAACACCGAGCUUGAGAUGAUGAGGGCAGAGCUGGAAACCACGAGCGUGGAGCUCGAGGCGAAGUGCGCCGAACUGGAUACCGCAAACGUUGAACUGGAGGCGAGGAGUGCACAGCUUGAAGCCAAGAGCGAAGAGCUCCAAAGCAAGAACUUUGACCUCGAGGCCAAGGAAGCGGACCUGGACGCAAGGCACACCGAGCUCGAGCAACUGCAUACCGACCUAGAGACCGCUCAGAAGGCAUUGGAAGAGGAGGCCCGCCGUGAGGCGACACCAAAGGUCCUCGGCGAGGCCGACUCCAACCGAUCACCAUUCUACGGCAACGGCAAUGGCGCUGAGAAGAACCACCACGCACACUCGGACCAGCUCAAGAUCAAGGACAUGAAGAUCAAGGCGCUGGAGCGCCAGGUCAAGCGCUUGAACGAGGACCGCGAGCUGCUCUCCGUUGCUGCCAACUCUGCUCAGAUUCAAACCGAGCUCGUCAAACGGCGCCUCAGUCAUUACGAGGGUGGCACCACACCACGCGCCAAUGGACCUCGCUUCAGCAGCGUCACACCAUCGCAGCCCACCCCAGCACCCUCUGGGCGCCGCUAUCCCCUCGGUGUCACCCCUCGGCGAUAA